CAUCGUCACUGUCUCUCCGUGUGGUCCUCUGUAGCUCUGUGACUAGCAAGAGGCUUCCCCUACCCUCAGAGUCCUGUCCGGAAAACUCCCUUCAAGAGCUACACUCAAAGCACAGUUUCUUUAUAGGAAGCAGCGAGAGGCACCAUGUCGGCAGAAGCACCAAUCCCCCUGAAUUUGGACAUUCACGACCUGCAGAUCCAGACAGUCACUGUGGAGAAGCUGCUGGAGCCGCUGAUAAUCCAGGUUACCACACUUGUCAACUGUCCGCAGAACCCUUCCAACAGGAAAAAGGGACGCUCUAAGAGAGCCAGAGUUCUCCUGGCUUCUGUGGAGGAAGCAACUUGGAACCUGUUAGACAAGGGGGAGAAGAUCGCCAAGGAAGCAAGGGCUUUAAAGGAAGAGCUCACAGCUGCGCUCCAGGAAGUUCGCAGAGAGAGCAAUGCUCUGAAGGCGUCAGCCGAGAGAUUUACAGAUGACCCCUGUUACCUCCCGAAAAGGGAGGCUGUGGUGCAAGCUGCCCGCGCCUUGUUGGCAGCAGUUACAAGACUCCUUAUCCUUGCGGACAUGAUUGAUGUCAUGUGUCUCUUGCAGCAUGUGUCAUCUUUUCAAAGAACAUUUGAGUCUCUUAAAAAUGUUUCCAACAAAUCUGACCUCCAGAAGACCUACCAGAAGCUGGGGAAGGAGCUGGAAAACCUGGAUUAUUUAGCCUUCAAACGUCAGCAGGACUUAAAAUCUCCAGCCCAGAGGGAUGAAAUUGCAGGGGCGCGGGCAGCCUUGAAGGAGAACUCCCCGCUCUUGCAUUCCAUCUGUUCAGCUUGUUUGGAACAUUCCGAUGUUGCUUCGCUCAAAGCCAGCAAGGACACAGUCUGUGAAGAGAUUCAGAACGCUCUUGAUGUCAUUUCAAAUGCUUCCCAAGGCAUCCCCAGCGUGCCGGCGACUUCCGAACCUCAGGCGGCAACCCUGGGGAGUGCUCUUGAUGAGCUGGAGAAUUUAAUUGUCCUGAACCCACUCACAGUGACAGAGGAGGAAAUAAGACCAUCACUAGAGAAACGCCUAGAAGCCAUCAUCAGCGGGGCUGCCCUGCUGGCUGACUCUUCCUGCACCAGGGACUUCCACCGAGAGCGGAUUAUCGCUGAGUGCAAUGCCAUCCGCCAGGCUCUCCAGGACCUGCUGUCGGAGUACAUGAGCAAUGCUGGAAAACCAGAAAAGAGUAAUGCCCUGAAUGCCGCCAUAGACAACAUGAGCAAGAAGACAAGAGACCUCCGCCGACAGCUCCGCAAGGCGAUUAUAGAUCACAUAUCAGAUUCUUUCCUGGACACGACAGUUCCACUCCUGGUUCUCAUUGAAGCUGCUAAGAACGGCCGAGAAAAGGAAAUCAAAGAAUAUGCUGCGAUAUUUCACGAGCACACAGGCAGGCUCGUGGAGGUGGCAAACCUUGCUUGUUCCAUGUCAACAAAUGAAGAUGGGAUUAAAAUCGUCAGGAUCGCCGCAAAUCACCUGGAAACCCUGUGUCCACAGAUCAUAAAUGCUGCACUUGCUUUGGCAUCGCGACCCAAGAGUCAAGUGGUCAAAAACACCAUGGAAAUGUAUAAGCGCACAUGGGAGCAUUACAUACAUGUUCUCACCGAAGCAGUGGAUGACAUCACCAGCAUUGACGACUUCCUGGCUGUAUCUGAAAGCCACAUUCUGGAGGACGUCAACAAAUGCAUUAUCGCCUUGAGGGACCAGGAUGCUGAUAACUUAGACCGAGCUGCAGGUGCCAUCAGAGGACGGGCUGCAAGAGUAGCUCACAUCGUCACAGGGGAAAUGGACAGCUACGAACCAGGUGCUUACACCGAAGGCGUGAUGAGAAAUGUCCACGUCCUUACAAGCACGGUGAUCCCAGAGUUCGUGACACAAGUGAAUGCUGCCUUGGAUGCCCUAAGCAAGAACUCACUGACUGUUCUUGAUGAUAAUCAGUUUGUGGACAUCUCAAAGAAGAUCUACGACACAAUUCACGAUAUCAGAUGUUCGGUCAUGAUGAUUCGGACUCCAGAGGAACUAGAGGAUGUUUCUGACCUUGAAGAAGAUCAUGAGGUCCGUAGCCACACCAGCAUUCAGACAGAAGGGAAAACUGACCGAGCUAAGAUGACUCAACUGCCCGAGGCAGAAAAGGAGAAAAUUGCCGAGCAAGUGGCUGAUUUCAAGAAGGUGAAGAGCAAGUUGGAUGCUGAGAUCGAGAUAUGGGAUGACACAAGCAAUGACAUCAUCGUUCUUGCCAAGAAGAUGUGCAUGAUCAUGAUGGAGAUGACAGACUUCACAAGGGGAAAAGGACCACUGAAGCAUACCACUGACGUCAUCUAUGCAGCUAAAAUGAUAUCAGAGUCUGGGUCAAGGAUGGAUGUCCUCGCUCGGCAGAUUGCUAACCAGUGCCCAGAUCCACCGUGCAAACAGGACUUGCUGGCUUAUCUGGAACAGAUUAAAUUCUACUCCCACCAGCUGAAAAUCUGCAGUCAAGUUAAAGCUGAGAUCCAAAACCUGGGGGGCGAGCUCAUCAUGUCAGCCUUGGACAGCGUCACCUCCCUGAUCCAGGCAGCAAAAAAUUUAAUGAAUGCUGUAGUGCAAACAGUGAAGAUGUCGUACAUUGCUUCCACCAAGAUCAUCCGCAUCCAGAGUGCGGCCGGGCCCCGACACCCAGUUGUCAUGUGGAGAAUGAAGGCUCCGGCUAAAAAGCCCUUGAUUAAAAGAGAGAAUCCAGAAGAAACGUGUGCAGCUGUCAGAAGAGGCUCAGCCAAGAAAAAGAUCCACCCCGUUCAAGUCAUGAGUGAAUUUCGAGGGAGAGAUGUCUACUGAAGCCCUAGUCCACACAAGUGCCCACUGCCACACCCCAGGCCAACCACACUGCUCUAUCGCACAGUGCGCUUUGAUUUCACAUAGUCACACUCAUACAUAACAUAAAACUUUGGGGUUGGGCCAUGGUUCACAGUGUGUAUUUGGGUUCCUGCCAUUAUCAUCUCUCUAUAGCCAGCACAGCCCAGCUAACUUACAGGUAGUACUAGGGAAUAGAAUUCACUUGUAUCAUCUUAGCCUUGCCCUCCACAGGGAAUAGCUUAUGAACAUUACAAAAUGUUUGGGUUUCAUGCACUCUUUAUCCUUGUGAGGGAAGCCACUUGUCAGAAGCGUUUCACUUGCCUUUCAUUAAACCCAAAAGAAUUUUAUCAACUAUUUUCCCAAUUAGUGUCCAUACUUUCUUCAGCAGACCUAACCUGGUACCUAACCUGCCAGAGAUGUGUCGUUUUUGCCCAUUAGAAAGAAAUUUCAAUUUCUAGAUAUUCCUGCCCAUUAUUAGUUGCUCAGGUGACUAUAACCAAAUGUGUAUGGUCAAGCUUCUUACUAGAAUUUGAAAGUCAGCCACGUUAUUAAAGAAGUACUUUGGAGACACUCCAAGGCUGAGAGACUUUGGAUGCUGUUUCCACCUUUUGUUUCUAAGGUGUUCAGAAGGUCGGUACUCUUCAUGUUGUGCCUGGCCAGGCACACAUAUGUAGAGUUAACAUCCAUUGCAGAAAUGAAUAUUUGUUUAUUGAUAUUUUUUCUUUGGUACUGGGAUCCAAGCAGCAUUUCACAUGCAGGGCAAGGACACAUCCAGCCCUUCUGUUAGAGAAAUGAGUCACUGAGUUAGAGCAUAGAGUAAGUCGACGAUGGAGGACGCGAACGGAAUUUUGCAUGAUUCUAAAAAUCUCUUUGAAUCUAUUUGCAAUUGUAAUUAAAAUGAAAGACCAGUUUGCAAAGCCUUGUGGCACUGAGUGAAAUCUACCACCCAACAAUGAAGCUGAGUUAAUCACAACGAGUUUGCAGUGAUUUUAAUAAUAAAUGUUACUGGGGUUA